AUGUUCCAUCGUAUCUUUGGCUCCCGUUCACGGAAGGCGUACCGUCAUAACAAGUUUGGCAACAUCCGAUCUUUUCGAAAGUUAUUUGAGAUUAUGGAUCGGAAAUACAGCAACGUCUCCAUCACCUUCUUGAUUCUUCACCUCAUCAUGGAGUUGGCCUCGGUGGUAUUGUAUGUAUGGAAUUCUUUGGCGUCCGCGGCCACAUCCGUGGCGGAGUUUCACUGGGAUGAGGCCUUCUUUAAUAUUGAGCUGGCACUCAAUAUUAUCUUCUUCUUGGAGUGGAUCGCUCUUUUUUUUGGGGAGGAAGACAGGGUGGGGUACUGCCUCUCUUGGUUGUCCCUAGUAAACGCCUUGACAAGUGUUCCAAUGAUAGUUAUUGGUAUUGGGGGGUUAACGAACCCAAGCUGGCGCAGUUAUUGGGUUCCAAUGUAUCUUCGCGUGUGGUGGCUGCGUGACUGUGUGGUGGUGCUUUUGGAUUACCCGCAGGUGGAGCGCUGGAUGAGGGAGAUCACGCGAGAAGUUUGCCGCUUUCUUACCUCUUUAUUUGCUGGCAUCUUCACAUGUGUCGGUACGCUUCAAAUUGUUGAGAGCACAACUGGGCCUUACAUGGACAUUUUUGAUGCGUUUUACUGCAUGAUGCUUGCCUUUGCCACAAUUGGCUACGGCGAUGUGACGCCAAAAUCGACGCCUUCUCGGCUGGUGAUGAUUGUUUGUAUUUUUGUUGCCAUGAGUCACUUCAUGCCGUUGUUUCAGCGAGUGGCUGCCAUCAGUCGCCAGCACCUGCGUUAUAAUGUGUACAACUCCCACGGCGGAAGAAGAGCGCAUGUGAUUUUGGCUGGCGUGUUCACGGAGAUGGGGGUGGAAAUUAUUUUGCAGGACUUUUAUGGCGGCUGGCGCAGGUACGUUGACCUGCAAAUUGUGCUGCUCUCACCGGUGGAGCCCCCACCCGAGGUGAAGCUGCUGGUGAACCUGCCCUGGUUCAGGGAUCGCGUGGUGCUGAUGAUUGGAGACCCCCAAAGGGAGGCGGAUCUCAAGCGCGCCGAUGCACGCCAUGCCGACGCCAUAUUUUUGUUUGGCGAUACCUUUCCCUCCACGUUUCACACGGAUUACAACCUCAUUCAACAAUCACUCUCCAUUAACCAUCACGAUUCUGAGCUCGCACAGUAUUUGUACCUUCGCAGCGAAAAAAACACCAAACAUGUGGCCCCCUACGCUGCUGGCGUGGUAGAGGGGGAGAGGCUCCUGCAUCAUUUGCUUGGACUCGGCGUCGCCGUGCCUGGGGCUAUCCCACUCACCAUCAAUUUGCUUCGAACCUACGAUCCCAUCACGUUGGACCUGAACCGUGACUCCCACUGGGUGGAGCAGUACGAGUCGUCGCUGCGAAAUAAUAUUUAUUGCGUCGCGGUACCGGAUGCAUUUCGCGGAGGAAACUUUCACCCGUUGGCAAAGUUGUUUUUCAACUAUGACGUCACACUCAUAGGCGUCAUCGGCGCGGCUGGGAUGGUGCAACUGAACCCUGCCCGCGUUCCCACCUCCGUCGCCAAGAUGAUAGCCAUCGCGCGAAGUCCGGAAACCGUACAAGAGGCCAUGGAUGAGGUGGAGAAAAUAUAUGACUUCGCCAACUCCCGCGAGGGCGAUGACCAACCGUGCAACGCUUCCCUUUUGCUGGGAAGCGGAAAGCUAACACCGGCAUCCUUGGCUAAUGCGUCUCUUGAACAAGUUGAGUGCAUUCAGAAAGUAGACGAUGCUUAUGACUUUGAAAAUCAUUUCGUUGUCAUUGAUCUCUCCAUCGCAAAGGAUAGCGCGACGGAGACAGGAGGGGCACACGAGGGAACCCUGACUUCCGCCGCCGUCAAUGUUUUUCACGUCAUGCAAUGCAUUCGCCAGUCGUACGCCCAAAACGACAUUGUGCUCUUGACGAAGGAUACGUCCUUUUCAGUGUACUUUGACCGUUAUUGGAAUAGCUUCAACGGGGCGCUUCCCAUAAGGCAUGUCGACGGCUGCGGGCUGAAUACGAACGAUCUGCGGCGCUGUAACCUCAAGGAAAGUGCUGGCAUCAUCAUUCUUGUCUUUGGCGACACCAGCAGUAAAUCAACUACCGGGUUGUCCAUGCUUGUUAACCUCUCCAUUGCCUCCAUUCUCCCCUCCUCGCACAACAUCCCCGUCGUGGUGGAGCUGGAUAGUCUUCAGCACCUUUCUCUCUUCCCGCCCUACGCUGAGUAUGGCCGCUUCCGCAAGAAAGCGGAAGUGGAUUUUGUUUAUGAGCCAAAUUACAUCAUUGGCAACGCCAUCAGCAGGCAUAUGCUCUUCCCUGUGGUUCACCUCACGUAUUUCAUGCCAGAGUUCAUUGACAUUCUUGACAUGCUUGUGAGCGGCGUGGAUCAAGAGACCCCGUCGCUGGGGCGACUUUCGCUGGCUCUCUCAUACGAGGUGAUUGAAACCUACGAGGAUGUCGUGAAGUACUGCCUUAGCCUACGCUAUAUGCCCAUUGCCUUGCAUGUUUGCAUUUACGACACAAAAAAUGCCUCUCUCAACGGGCAACGCUUUGUCAUGACGAAUCCACCGACUGACUUCCCGGUCGACCGUGAAAAAGACGCCGUCUUUUACUUGCUACCCACGUAA